UAUCAGUACUAGCUGCGUGAGAAAAUUGGAAACGUUUCAAAACCUGACAUCUGUAAUAUUUCCAUUUUCACGACGCAAGAAGAGAGAUCUCAUCGACACGUGAAAGCUAGAGGUGUACACCACAGAUUAAGCAUGUCGAAUUAAGGACUGAAAGGAAGAAAGGUUUGACAUUUAGCCUAUUUAUUUGUGACUGAUUGCGGUCUAACACAGAUCGCAUCGAACUGAACGCAUUACGCGUAUGUCCACUGUCACAGUGUAACAAUGGAAGAACUGGACAAGCUUGAAUAUCUCUCCCUGGUAUCCAAAGUCUGUACCGAGUUGGAUAACCAUCUUGGGAUGAAUGAUAAAGACCUAGGUAAGUGUAAUAUACAUUUACAUGAUUGAUACUGUUUUUCAUCGGCCCUCCAAAAAAAUGGCGCCGAUCUGCCCCAGUCAUUUGUCUCCAACCUGCUGCGUCUCAUCCAGCACAUGAGGCCGCCCAAGCAGGCCAAGACAGCCAACGAGGCCAAGGAGAAAAAGCCCAAAGUCAGUGAACUGGACAAGCGGCGGAAGAAAUACCCGGGCCUCUGCCUACCGGAUAAGAAGGGAGAAGUCGAAACGGACGAGAAAGUGGCGCAGGACGCGAUGGACGAGCUGGAGGCACUGAUGCCUUUGGCCAAAAUGCCAAUCAAAACCGAGAAGUCUGAGGACGUGAAGACACACAAGAAAAAGAAGAAUCGACAUCACAGACGUAGCCGUAGCCGCAGUCGCAGCAGGAGUUCAAGCCACGACAGGGACCGGGCCAGGGAGAGACGCAAGAGGCGGUCGUGGUCCAAAUCACGGUCGCGGAGUCGGGACCGGGACCGGCGGCGCCGCAGUCGCAGUGACAGUCGGGAACGGGACAGCGGGAAAGAUCGCAAGCACAGAAGGAAAAGGGACAGAAGCAGGGACCGCAAUCGGGACCGUGACUGGGACAAGCACAAGGACAGCGGCAGCCACGCCGACCGCUUUGUCAACCGGCCCCCACCCAUGGACCCGGAGGUGGGCUGCAUCUACGACGGGAAAGUCACCAGCGUCAUGCAGUAUGGCUGUUUUGUCCAGCUGGAGGGCCUUAAACGCAGAUGCGAGGGGCUUGUGCACAUCUCCGAGCUGCGCCGCGAAGGACGAGUGGCAGAUGUCAACGACGUGGUGACCCGGGGCAUGAAGGUCAAAGCCAAAGUCCUAUCCCUAGCAGGGACCAAGAUCCGGCUGUCCAUGAAAGAUGUUGACCAGGACACAGGCAGGGACCUCAAUCCGAUGAUGUCCAAGGGUCUCGCCGGCUCCUCCAACCCGGAAGCGGACGACGCCCUGCGCAAUCCCGACCGCCCCUCCAACCUGCCCCUAGUCUCGGUGCCGGAAACCGACGACGUCAGCAUCCGCAAGCGGGUCCAGCGCACUACCUCGCCUGAGAAGUGGGAACUGAAGCAGAUGAUGGCGGCGAACUGUAUUGAUGUGACCGAGCUCCCAGACUUUGAUGAGACCACGGGCGUCCUAGCUAAGGAAGACGACUCGGAUGAGGAGAUUGAGAUCGAGCUGAGGGAGGAGGACCCGCCCUUCCUGCAGGGCCACGGCCGGCAGAGCGUCGAGCUCAGCCCUGUCCGAAUCGUCAAAAACCCAGACGGAACGUUGUCCAAGGCUGCCAUGAUGCAGAGCGCCCUCGCCAAAGAGCGUCGAGAGAUGAAGCAAGCGGCUGAGCGUGCCGAGAGUGAGAACAUCCCAACGGGAAUGAACAAGAACUGGAUCGAUCCCAUGCCAGACAGCGAGCGCGCCUUGGUGGCCAAUGUGCGCAACAUGGGAUUCACCAACCAGGACAUGCCUGAAUGGAAGAAGAGCGCGUUUGGCGGCAACAAAGCGUCGUACGGUAAACGCACCAAGAUGACAAUCAUGGAGCAACGUGAGAGUCUGCCCAUCUUCAAGCUGAAGGAACAACUUGUGCAGGCCGUGCUGGACAACCAGAUCCUGGUGGUCAUUGGGGAGACGGGCAGCGGUAAGACCACCCAGAUCACCCAGUACCUGGCCGAAGCUGGCUACACCGUCCGGGGGAAGAUCGGCUGCACCCAGCCCCGCCGCGUGGCUGCCAUGUCCGUGGCCAAGCGAGUGUCGGAGGAGUUUGGCUGCCGGCUGGGUCAAGAGGUGGGCUACACCAUCCGUUUUGAGGACUGCACUUCCCCGGAGACCAAGAUCAAGUACAUGACAGACGGUAUGCUACUCAGAGAGUGCCUGAUCGACUCGGACCUCACCCAGUAUGCCAUCAUCAUGCUGGACGAGGCCCACGAGCGCACCAUCCACACGGACGUCCUCUUUGGCCUGCUCAAGAAGGCCGUCAAGAAGCGCAGCGACCUGAAGCUGAUCGUAACCUCGGCCACGCUCGACGCCGUCAAGUUCUCCCAGUACUUCUUCGAGGCGCCAAUCUUUACAAUCCCGGGCCGCACCUUCCCCGUGGAGAUCCUAUACACCAAGGAGCCAGAGGCAGACUACCUGGACGCCUCCCUCAUCACGGUCAUGCAGAUACACCUGACCGAACCGCCGGGAGAUGUGCUGUUGUUCCUGACUGGUCAGGAGGAGAUCGACACGGCCUGCGAGAUCCUCUUUGAAAGGAUGAAGUCCCUGGGUCCAGAGGUACCAGAGCUGAUCAUCCUACCAGUCUAUUCCGCCCUGCCCAGCGAGAUGCAGACCAGGAUAUUUGACCCAGCUCCUCCGGGGAGCAGGAAGGUUGUCAUAGCCACCAACAUUGCCGAGACCUCACUGACCAUCGACGGCAUCUAUUACGUGGUGGAUCCAGGCUUUGUCAAGCAGAAAGUCUAUAACUCCAAGACCGGGAUGGACCAACUUGUCGUCACUCCGAUAUCGCAGGCUCAGGCCAAGCAGCGCGCGGGCCGCGCCGGCCGCACGGGCCCCGGCAAGUGCUACCGCCUCUACACGGAACGGGCCUACCGCGACGAGAUGCUGACCACCGCCGUGCCCGAGAUUCAGCGCACCAACCUGGCCAGCACGCUGCUCUCCCUCAAGGCCAUGGGCAUCAACGACCUGCUGGCCUUCGACUUCAUGGACGCUCCCCCGACCGAGACACUCAUCACAGCCAUGGAGCAGCUGCACUCGCUCAGCGCACUGGACGACGAGGGCCUGCUGACCAGACUCGGACGCAGGAUGGCAGAGUUUCCUCUAGAGCCCAUGCUGUCCAAGGUCCUGAUCAUGUCCGUCCAUCUGGGAUGUAGUGAAGAGAUUUUGACCAUUGUCUCCAUGCUGUCUGUGCAAAAUGUCUUCUACAGACCCAAGGACAAGCAAGCGAUUGCCGACCAGCGUAAGGCCAAGUUCCAGCAGCCUGAGGGGGACCACCUGACCCUGCUGGCCGUCUACAACUCCUGGAAGAACAACAAGUUCUCCAAUCCCUGGUGCUUCGAGAACUUUGUGCAGGCGCGGACGCUGCGGCGGGCCCAGGACGUCAGGAAGCAGCUGCUAGGAAUCAUGGAUCGGCACAAGUUGGACGUCGUGACGUGCGGCAAGAACACGGCCCGAGUACAGAAGGCCAUCUGCAGCGGUUUCUUCCGCAGCGCCGCCAAAAAGGAUCCGCAAGAGGGUUAUCGUACUUUAGUGGACAGCCAGAUUGUCUACAUCCAUCCAUCCAGUGCACUUUUCAACCGGCAACCAGACUGGGUCGUCUACCACGAGCUGGUCCUGACCACCAAGGAGUACAUGCGGGAGGUGACCACCAUUGACCCCCGCUGGCUGGUGGAGUUUGCCCCUUCCUUCUUCCGGGUGGCCGACCCCACGAAGCUGAGCAAGCACAAGAAGCAACAGCGACUGGAGCCGCUCUACAACAAGUACGAGGAGCCCAACUCCUGGCGAAUCUCCCGCCAGCGGCUGCGACGAAAUUAGGCCUGCGUUGGAUUGGGUCAAGACUUGGCCGAUCCAAGGUUGGGUCAGGGCCGAGUUGUGAUCGAGCACAUUUGCAUGAGUAUGCAUGUACUUACCUCUUUGAGUACAAGAACAAGUACUUGACUAUCUGUACUUUUUUCUGGUGUAGGAGUACGAGUACUUCAUGAGUGUGAGUACUUAUUGAGUACAUUUUCUUGAGUACGCUUUUGAGUUCACACGAGUACCUCAUGAGUAUGAGUUUGAGUUGUGAGUUGUUUGCCAGUGAGUUUGUGCAGUGAGUUUUUUACGUGCAUGGAACUGGUUUCAUGAAACUCUUCUCCCGUUUUAUUCUGUGUGGAACUUAAGGCGUAGUUUUUUGGAGAAACUGACCUUGAACCACUUAGUAUUUGUUCACAUCUCUAGUCUCGUUUCCGUUGUUGCCUUCUGAACGGUCCAGACAAGGGAAAAAACUGGAGAACCGAGGUUGAUUGGGAACGUGCCAUUUCCAAUGAUCACUUUGAAAAAAGGGUAUAGAAAUCAUUCACUUUACAAAUCUGGUUUUUAAGCUUCCCCAGCCCACUUUGACUUUAUUGGCGCAUUGCCAACUUAUCACAUGUACAUUAUUUGGUUACCUAUUGAAUCGCGAAGCUAAUUUUAUUAGGUUUGUACAUAAAUUUCCAAAUACUGAUGUUUGUUCCUUCGCUUUUAGUCGUUUUUUUGUAGAGAGGGGCUUGUCAGAAAAUCUACCAGAAUUUUGGUUUCGUGUCUAUCAAUAUACAUUAUUUUUUCAUUUUCUUCAAAACAACACGCCUGACGUGUACAUUAUAAGAAACUGUUUAAAUUGUGCACAGUAUUAAAUUGUCCGUUUUACCUCC